AUGCAAAAAAUAAUUAUACCUGAGAGAUUAAAAGCAUACUUUAAUGGUAACGCGUUAGGAUUGCCAUCAGUUAAUUUUUAUAAAAAUCUGGAUUAUGAUUUAAUUUAUUUUGGUCAUAAUGAUAUAAGGGAUAUGCGUGUUAAAGAAUUAGAGGAGUAUCAUAACAUAUGUGAAAAAUUCCUUAAAAAAUAUAAAAAUAUUUGGAUUAAAAGUCUAUGUGCAGUACUCCUAAAAUACUUAAAAACGUCAAGUAAAAUAUCCAAUAAACAAAAUAAUGAUUAUGAGGAUUGCACACUUUUGAGCUAUUGGGUAUAUGAUAGAUUGUCUGGAAUAUAUCAUAAGUACCCCCGUGUUAUUAAAAUUAUGUAUGCUAACCUUCAACUAUUAUGGAAUUAUCUUAUUGAACAUUCAGUAUAUAGUUCAUUUUACGAUAAAUGUAAACCAGACUUUCAUAUACCAAGUCAGUAUAACUGGAAAAAGAGAAAGGAGUUAUAUGAUUAUUGUGUCGACUAUCAAACACUUUUUAAUACUGCUAUAAACUACGAUAAAAAGCGCUCUUAUAUUUACAAAUAUAUAAAUAAUAAAGCUCCAUUAUAUGCUGAGUUUGACAGGCAUUGUCCUCAAGAUGAUAAUGAUAAAUGUCCAGAAUUUUUAAGAAAAUGUAAGGAUCAUAAUCCAGAAAAUGUUUUAAAUCAUAUUGAGUGUAAAAUAAAAUUACGUACUGAAAAAACUCAGGAUUCUUCUACAGCAUGCCCACAUGAAUUCAGCUCACAUUCUCACACACAAUCGAAUAGUUCAUUAGAAGAUCAAACCGGUAAACCAUUUGUACCUUCAUCUGAUGAUGCUUUUGGAUCAACGGAUGAACUCACUAUUGACGAUGAUUCAUCAAUACAUAUAUAUAGAGUAGAUGGUUUUUUUGAUUUAUUUAUAAACAAUGACAGUUCGAACAUUGUAGGUAUAUUAGGAAAAAUAUUUCUUGGAUUGGUUUUAUUUACUACUCUUUCUGGAAUUUUAUAUAAAUUUACACCCAUAGGAAUCCGCUUGCGCAAAGUAUUUAAACGAAAAAAAAAUAUCAUAAGAGGAAAAAAUAGACAUCGUGAUGAAUUAUUUGGCUAUCCAUCAGAAUCACAUUAUCCAAAUUAUGUAAAUGAAGAUGAACAAUAUAUAGGUUAUCAUACUGAGUAA